AAAAAUCCCCCAUGUCAGCGCGCGAACGCUCCUCGCCUCGGCCUAAGUCUUUACAUUUAUACUCGCUCUCUCUAUGACAUUCACUGCGAAGCUUCGUGAUAAGCAGAUAGAUCGAGAAUGGCAGUGCUUCGGCGGAGAAGAACCCAGGCGCCAAACCCUAGCGUCGAUCCUCCGCCGUACGCAGCGACAGAUUCCGAUGUUUCCGAUUCGGAUUCCGACACGGUCUGCGAGGAGUGCGGCUCGGGGGAACAACCUGCGAAGCUGCUUCUCUGCGACCAAUGCGAUAAAGGGUUUCAUCUCUUCUGUCUCAGACCAAUCCUAGUUUCUGUUCCUAAAGGCCGCUGGUUCUGCCCUUCCUGCUCUAAGCACAAGAUCCCGACAUCUUUCCCUCUUGUUCAGACAAAGAUAAUAGAUUUCUUCCGGAUUAAACGGUCCUUGGAUCUAACUCAGAUCUCCGAUUCAGAUGGCACCGGGAAGAAGAGGAGGAAGACCAGCUUGGUAAUGUCGAAGAAGAAGAGAAAGCUUCUUCCAUACAACCCGAGCAAAGAUCUUCACAGGAGACUCGAGCAAAUGGCAUCUCUUGCCACUGCUUUAAAAGCCUCUGGCACAGAGUUCAGCAAUGAUCUCACCUAUAACAAGCCCGGAAUGGCUCCCAGAUCUGCAAAUGAAGCUGUUCUUGAGAAAGGAGGCAUGCAGAUUCUGUCCAAAGAGGACACAGAAACCUUGAGCUUUUGCAAGAAGAUGAUGGACUGCGGGGAAUGUCCUCCUCUUAUGGUCGUCUUUGAUCCUUAUGAAGGGUUCACGGUAGAAGCAGACAAGUUCAUAAAAGACUUGACCAUAAUCACAGAGUACGUAGGAGACGUGGAUUAUCUGAAGAACAGAGAAAACGACUACGACGGAGACAGUAUGAUGACUCUGCUUCACGCAUCUGAUCCUUCGAAAUGCCUUGUCAUUUGCCCCGACAGGCUCAGCAACAUCGCCCGCUUCAUCAGCGGUAUCAACAACCACACCCCGGAAGGUCGGAAGAAGCAGAAUCUGAAAUGCGUGAGGUACAACGUGAGAGGAGAAGCUCGGGUUCUUCUUGUGGCAAAUAGAGAUAUAUCGAAGGGAGAACGAUUGUAUUACGACUAUAACGGUUACGAACAUGAAUAUCCAACCGAACAUUUUGUAUAAAUCCAUUCUUUCCUGACAUCAUCGUUAUUUACAAUCAAGUUGAGUCACAGA